AUGGGAAAUUGUUUUGUCUCAAAGCCAUCAAGCAGAGAUAACAGUACUACAAAAGAAAAGGUUGUCGACCAUAAUGAACUUAAGGUUGACCUUUAAGAAGUUCAAGAAGAACAACAAAAAUAAUAAGUAGUUAAAGAAGAAAAAUAAGUUGCAGUAAAUAGCGCUAAAACUUAAGAAGAACCAUAAGAACCUAAGUAAGAGGCUUAGGAUAAAUCAGCAGAUAAAUAUAUUGAUAAAAGUGCUGAUAAAUCAUAGAUCAAUUAAAACAAUGUUUCAUAAGAUGAUUCAGCAAAACCAGAUCCUGAAGACAAAAAGAAGAAAAGAAAUAAAGUUAAAGCUAAAAAAGUUAGGGCUGAUAUUGAAGAAGAAUCUUAGAUUUAUGAAAAUAUUAUCAAAAGGGAAAGGGAAAUGACAAAUGCUGAUAUCCACGCCAAUAAAAAAUCGCUAGGAAAUCAUUUUGUGUUUUCAUUACUUUCAGACUAAGAUAAGGAAGAAAUUAUCAAAAAAAUGUUCUACUGUGAAAACAAAUCAGAUUUUGUAUUUAAGCAAGGAGACCAAGCAUCUACCUACUUCAUUAUAGAAAAGGGAGAGUGUUAAAUUAUUAUUAAUGGAGAUGUGAAGAGAACUCUAUAACAUGGUUAGUGCUUUGGUGAACUUGCUCUGCUUUACGGAGCUCCUAGAUCUGCCUCUGUUAAAGCUCUAGGUGUUUGUGGAUUCUGGGCUAUCGAUAGAAACACUUUCAAAAAAGCUAUUGCAGAAGUAGUACAUCGUGAAUAUGGUGAAAAUCGUUCAUUCAUUGAUAAAAUCAAAUUCUUCAACUCUAUGACUAAUGAGUAAAAGGAUUCAAUUGCAAACGUUCUUAUUACUUAAGUUUUCAAGAAGGGAGAAAUUAUUGUUGCUGAUGGUGAUAUGGCUAGUUCAUAUUAUAUUAUAAAGAAAGGAAAGGUAGCAAUUUACAAAGAUGAAAAGAUGAUCCGUGAAAUGGUAGCAGGAGAAACUUUUGGUGAGUAAGCUCUUUUUGAAAAUUCUAAGAGAGGUGCUACAGUUAAAGCAGUGGAAGAUGAUUCUAGAUGCAUAGCUUUAGGAAAAGAUGAUAUCCAAAGAGUUCUUGGUGAUAAAGUUUAAGUUAUUAUGUAUAAUAAUAUGAUUAAGUGGGCCUUUGAAGGAAAUGAAAUUUUAAAAAAACUUACUAAGGUUUAAAAAGAAAAAAUUGUAAUUAAUUAAAAGUAAACCAAUUACUAAAAAGGAGUAAUUUGUUUCCCAGCUGGAUAGCCAGUCUAAAAGCUUAUAUUUUUAUUAGAAGGUUCGAUUGCAUAUGAAGGAGGAAAUAAAAUUGCAGAAAAGGGUGGAUUGUUUGGUGAUCACUGGCUUCUCUAAAAAUACAAAGAUGAAAAGCUAAGCAAAAAUGUUAUAUUUAGUGAAGAUACACUUUUAGCUGAAAUAUCAUUCUAAUAAUUAUAUGAGCAAAUUGGUGGUAAAAAUAUUGAAGAAAUCAUAGAUAAAAACAAAGAUUCCCAUGAAGUCAAGUAUAUGAAAAGAGCUAACUCUAAGGAUUUAAACAAAGAAUAUGAACAUUUAAAGCUAGAAGACAUGAUUUCUAUUAAAAAAUUAGGUUUUGGUCAAUUCGGUAGCGUUUAUUUAGUCAAAUCAAAAUCAGAUUCCAAUUAUUAUGCUUUAAAGUGCAUUUCUAAAGCUUAAGUUAUUGAACAAAGUUUAGAAAAGCAUCUUUUAUAAGAAAAGAAAGUACUUGAAAGUGCUCAAUUCCCUUUCAUCAUGAAAUUUAUUAGAACUUUUAGAGACAAUAAUAAUGUAUAUUUCUUAGUAGAAUACGUUCGUGGUAUGGAACUCUUUGAUGUUAUCCGUGAAAUAGGUCUUCUAAAUACUUAUGAUUCUUAGUUUUAUAUUGGAUCUCUUCUUUUGUGUAUUGAAUAUCUCCAUACUAAUUCUAUUAUUUACAGAGAUAUUAAACCUGAAAAUAUCAUGAUAGACUACAAAGGAUACAUGAAACUUAUUGAUAUGGGUACUGCAAAAUUCUUAAAAGGCAAAAGUGGAAGAACUUUUACUAUCAUUGGUACUCCACAUUAUAUGGCUCCUGAAAUUAUUACAGGUAAAGGUUAUUCUUAUAGCGUUGAUUUAUGGUCGAUUGGUAUUUGCUUAUAUGAAUUUAUGUGUGGUGCUGUGCCAUUUGCAGAGGAUGCUGAUGAUCCAUAUGAAAUUUAUGAGGAAAUUAUUAAAAAACCCCUGUAAUACCCUGGCUUUUUAAAGGAUAAGAACUCAAAAACUCUUAUGAAUCAAUUGCUAAAUAAGACUCCUGAACUCCGUUUAGGUGGUUCAUAUGCUGCCCUUAAAGCUAAUCCUUGGUUUGAUAACUUUGACUUUGAUAAAUUAAUGGAAAGAUAACUCAGAGCUCCAUAUGUCCCUCCAAAAGAUAAGUUGAUAUCAGAAGCUGAAAUCAAAAAAAUGGAAGGUAUCCGCAAGUUAGUUAUGGAUGAAAUAAAGCAUGAAAAUACAUCUAGAUAUAGAAAAGAAAAUGCUAAAGAUCCUAACUGGGAUAAAGAUUUUUGA